AUGUCGUCUAUCGUGUAUUUUAAGUUCAAGGCUAAUUUGAAGAACGAUUCAAUCCCAUUCGAUGGUUCGGCUAUCUCUGUAAAGGAUUUGAAGAACGCGAUACGCACCAAAUGUUGUUUAUAUUCCUCUGACUUUGAUUUAAAGCUCGAAGAUUCCAACGGAAAAGCAUACACCAAAGAUGAUGAACUUAUACCAAAGUAUACAAGUAUUGUUGUUCGCCGAGUCCCUAAAUUGAGUUCUGAGGUGCAAAAGAAGAAAGUCCAUGCUCCUGAGGAUAUCUCAUGGCGUGAGGCUCAAAAAACGGCUGCUGCCGCGGAGGUGCAUCCACCCAAGCAUGUGAAUUUGGCGGACUCGGAUCUUCCCGAAGAGGAGAAAAUCAAAAUUAUGAUGGAGCGUUCAUCAGAGGCUUAUUCCGAGAAAAAGGAAGCGUACGCUCAAGGAAAAAAGGAUAAACGUCCUUUCUCAGUAGAAGAAAAUCCGCCCUACUGUUUUCGAAAAUGCACUUGUCCGAAGUAUGAUACGCGACUGGCUUUUUNCCCAGAGCCGGAAAUCAGUUCGGUUCAGCGUGAUAUAUUCAAAACAGAAGAUGACGAAAAGACGUUUGUGAACAAUCGACGAGUGCUGAAACCAAAGCAAAUGUCAAAUGCUCCUGGACCACAAGUGAAACAAAUGGAAACAGUUACCGAGAGCCAAUCCAAGACUGAAAUGCAAUGCACUAACGUGAAGAAUUCUGCUUCACUCAAGAUGGAAACUUGUUCGACGUCUAAUGAUAUUCCUUCCGAAAACUCUGUGUCCAACCCUCCCGCCCCAAUCGUGGCCUCACCUCAUGACUCUGAAAAUGUUAAUGAACUGCCUGUUGCCGAUAAAGCCUCCCCUGUUGUAACACCGAAUACAUGUGCUGCUGUGGUUGCAAGUUCGCCUUGUGCCACGUUUGUGACAACUAGUAGACAAUCUCUACUAACUGUUACAUCUGGUCUUUCUAGCACGCAAUUUCCUUGUAUAAGCUAUUCCAACUCCGCUGUGGUUCCUACCAUUAUCCCAAGCAUCAACGGUAGUACUAAUCUUCUUAACGCGAUUUAUAACAUGCGCGUAGGAAACAUACAGACUCCAGUUGUCGCCCCGCCUGCUGUUGUACCUGUCCCAUUUCACGGGUCGCUCGUUGGUGGGACUGACUGGGCCACCAACGCAGCUCUAGCAGCCUCGGGGACACAGACUGCUGGUAUAGUUGAUCCCUUACUCCCAGUGAAUAGUAGUCAGACAGCAUUUAAUUUAGUUUCCGGGCAGGCCAUCCCCAGUGCAAUACCGACAGCCCUACCGGCACCAAUUCAGGCCAUAGAUGGACGCAAAGUUUUAUCAAAAGAAGAAUUCUAUCGACUGAAGGUGGAAAUGCUUAAUUCCACUCGACGAAGACGCCGUCAUCGGUCUCGGUCGCGUAGUCCCGGAUCUACUCAUCGUCUUGCACGUCCCGAAAUACUAUCCCGGCGACACCGCUACGAACGGGAUGAAUGGGAUCGUCGGGAUCGUUAUCGUCCUUCAGCGGAUUAUGAAGCAGAGCGAUCUCGCCGGCACCACUACGAAACCAGUGAUUACUACGAAGUUAGAAGGGACAGACACCGUGCUACAGAAAGCCGUUUACGCCCCGAACAUAACACUGAUUCUAUGCCUGAUUAUGACCGAUACUAUCCGCAUGAUAGGCGGUUUGUUCAUAGUCGACAUUCUAAACCAGUUUCGAUUGUUCGAAGCUCCUCGCGGGAGCGUGCAGUCUAUUUUAGUCCCCGUGCAGGUUCCACUUCACCACUUCAGCGAAGGGCCUAUCGUGAACCACAUCGGUAUCGUGAACCACAUGGUGAUUCCUAUCAAAUUCCUGAUCAGUCUGUGGAUCGCAUUUCCUCUACCAGUCCUACCACUGUGUCUGUGGUUCCACAAUAUGAGCUUUCAGAUCCUGAAUCCAACGGUGAGUUCUAUUACGGCAUUUAA